AUGCCCAUCCCUACCUCCUGGUUUUACCCUCCUCUUCCUUGCCUGCUGCUGACUCUACUGCUGGGACUCACAGGUGAGCAUUCCUUGGGAGUGGCAGGUGAGGAGAAGCUACAGUUGAUUCAGCCUGAGAGGUCAGUGUCAGCUGUGGCUGGAGAGACAGCCACUCUGCACUGUACCUUAACCUUCCUCUUCCCCCAUGGGGCCUAUCAAGUGGUUCAGGGGAGCAGGCCAGGCCAGGAGUUAAUCUACAACCACAAAGAAGGCCACUUCCCCCGAGUAACACAUGUUUCAGACACCACAAGGAGAAACAACAGGGACUUUUCAAUCCACAUCAGUAAUAUCACCCCAGCAGACACUGGUGUCUACUACUGUGUCAAGUUCUGGAGAUGGAGCCUUGGCGAUGUGGAGUAUAAGUCUGGGCCAGGCACUCAGCUCACUGUGAGUGCCAAGCCCCCUCCUCCCGUGGCAUCAGGCCCCGUGGUGAGGGUCACACCUGAGCAGACAGUGAGCGUCACCUGCAAGUCCCACGGCUUCUCCUCCAGAAACAUCUCCCUGAAAUGGUUCAAAAAUAGCAACGAGCUCUCAGCCUCCCAGACCAACGUAGACCCAGAGGGAGGCAACAUUUCUUAUAGCAUCUCCAGCACAACCAAGGUGCUGCUGGCCCCGGAGGAUGUUUGCUCCCAUGUCAUCUGCGAGGUGGCCCACGUCACCCUGCAAGGGGGCCCUCCUCUCCGUGGGACUGCCAACUUAUCUGAGACCAUCCAAGUUCCACCCACCUUGGAGGUUACCCAACACCCCAUGGCAGGGAACCAGGUGAACGUCACCUGCCAGGUGAACAAGUUCUACCCCCAGGGCCUACAGCUGACCUGGUUGGAGAAUGGAAAUGUGUCCCGAAUAGACAUGACCUCAACCCUCAUAGAGAACAAGGACGGGACCUUUAACUGGACAAGCUGGCUCCUGGUGAACUCAUCUGCCCACAGGGAGGCUGUGCUGCUCACCUGCCAGGUGGAGCAUGACGGACAGCCAGCGGUCACCAAAAACCAUACCCUGGAGGCCUCUGCUCACCAUAAGGACCAGGACACAUGUAGAACACCUGGCCCAGAGCUGUCUUCUCCUCUCCUGGUAGUUCUCCUCCUAGGCCCCAAGGUGCUGCUGGUGGUCAGUGCCUCUGUCAUCUUUGUCCACAGGAAGCAUUGGGCCUGA